AUGUUGGAUAAAAAAGAAUCAAAAUCAUUCGAUUCACCAAAAAACGAGGAAAAUAUUAAUUUUAAAUGUUACAUAUGUAAUCAAACUGUGUCUAUAUCAACCGGUGUGGAAUUAUUAAAAGCAAAAUUACUUGGUUCUAAUGGAUCCAUACCACAAAAAAUUGUUAAAAUAAUGGGGGAUGAUUGUAUGGUGCUAGUAUCCGAAGAUGAUCAUAUUUGUUUAAAAUGUGUUAAUUUAUUUAAUAAAUUAGAUCGUUUAGAAAUUGAAAUAACAAAAAUUUUAGAUGAGAUAACGAAUUAUUUAAAUAUAAAAUACAAUAUUAGUAAUAAUAUCACAAUUCCAAUGCCUGCACAAAUCAAGCACGGGACAAAACGAAAAUAUCCGGAUGAUAUAUUUGAAAAUCAACCAGAAAUUGAGAGACAAUUAUCUGAAAUGUUUGGAUCCCCUGUAACUUUAACCCCAGCAAAUCAAACAAAAACUAUUUCCCCUAAACAAAAGAACGUUAGGAGUACACUAUUAUUUAAAUGUCCAUUAUGCCGUCAAGGUUUUAGCGAAAAAACACGCUUACAUUUCCAUAUAAAUGAUAGUCAUAUAUCAAAAAAUCGUUGUAAUAUUUGCCAAAUUACAUUUAAAGAUGGUGAUUUACUUGCGAAACAUCUUGCGAAAAAUAAUUGUAUUAAAACAAAUUCUUUAUCAAUUGAUAGUAAAAAAUUUAAAUGUGCUAUAUGCUCACAGAAAUUCGAAACAAAAGAACUUUUAAACGCGCAUUUAAAGAAACAUAAAACUGCGUUCUUUAAAUGUGGCUCGUGUGGGGAAAAUUUCCAAAAACGGGAUUUAUUAAUGAAACAUUUAGAAUUACAUACAAAAAAUAAUUAUACAGUGGAAGAGAAUUCGACGAAUAAGAAGGAGAUAAAAUUUAUCGAUUGUAAAAGUUGUGCAUUAACUUACAUCGACAAUGAGCAUUAUUCAUCGCAUUUAAAUUCAUCGGCACAUCGAAAAACAAAAUUUGAUAUUAAAACGGAAGAGAAAAUGGAUACAGGUUUAAAUCAAAUUGAUUUAGAACAAAUUUUUGAGAAAUUACAUUCAGAUGUAACGACUGAUGAUAAUGUGACUGUUGGAAAUGGAACAGAUUUAACAAAUGAUAAUGUUAUUGAUCUGCUUUCAACAGAUUCAGUUUUGAAUGAAACAAAAACAGAUAAAAAUCAUACGAAUAAAGUGUACUUGUAUAAAUGUCCGGGUUGUAGUGAUUUAUAUGAUAAUAGUAAUGAUUUACAAUUACAUAUUUUAACGGCUGGCCAUCAUCAUGUUGAUUAUAAUACAGAAAUACAAAUUUUGGAAGUGGAUAAUACUAAUAAUUUAAUUGGUCAAUCAAUAGAUGAAAAUAAUACAAAUAAUAUACAAUUUAUCACAUCUGAUGAUGGCAAUGAAAUAAAAUUUAUCACAUUUCAUAAUGAUCAUACUGAUAAUACUGUACAAUUAUUAUCAGAUAAUACAGUAUUAUCACAUAAUAAUACUGAGAACAACACCACAUAUCAUGAAAUACACCAUACUCAUACAAACAAUACAAAUAAAAAUCAUGAUAUACAUGAAUUAUUUCAAAGUGUUGUCGAACCUACAAGCAUUUCAACAGUUACAUCAUUUCCAUCAUCUACAAGUACAACAACGACCAAUACAACAAUGAUUAAUAGUGGUGGGAGUUGUGGUACAGGGAGUACAGAACGUUCAAAAAUACAAAUAAUCGAUGAGAAAACAAUUGAUAUAUCACAAUUUAUUGAUAUACAUAAAAAGAAUAUGUUGUCUAAGCCGAAUUAUCAAUUGAAUGAUUUGUGUACGUUAUCGAUUAAAACUGAGGCUCAAUCAAAUAAUCAGGUAAUUUCAAAUAUUAUACCAACGCAAAUUGUAUCGUCCUCGGAUUCAACAAACACAGAUAUAAAAACAAUUGGCGUAUCAUCAUCUAUAAUGGCGCAAAAAGAGACAUCAUCACUCAUGUACACCCCACAACGGAAAAUUUAUAAAUGUUGUCGCUGUGACUUUAAAUGUUUGACACAUGAUAUAAUUAAGGCUCAUAUGACAAAACAUAAUAAUAACAAUCAGAAAAUCAAUAUUGAACAACAGCAAUCUGAAAAUGUGACGCCAAUAUCGUCUAUGGUCGAUACUAAAAAUGAUAUUUCAUCGACAAUUACAACAAUUGCAACAGUAAAUGAGAAUGAAAAUGACAGCACAACAGCCUUACAUGAAUGUAAACAAUGUAAACAAAAUUUUAAAUCGCUAAGUAUGUUAAAACGUCACAAGAGCACAUUUCAUCGUGCACCAAUAUGCGCAUAUUGUAAUAAACAAAUGAAAAAUUUACAUAUAUUACGUAUACACGAACAAUCGCACAUGAAUCGAGGCGAUGUUUGUAAAUGUGAUGAUUGUGGCAAAGAAUUUAAAACAAAAUGUGGCUUCUAUAAUCAUCGACCAAUACACACUGGCAAUUAUACAUUAUUUUGUGAAUAUUGUAAUCGUGGUUUUAUGUCGAAAGUGGUCUUGGAAGAACAUCGUAGGAAACAUACAAAAGAGGAACGUUUUAUAUGUGAUAUAUGUGGUAAAAAAUUUCAGUUUAAAAGCACAUAUUGGAUACAUCGAAAAUGGCAUGAUAAUCCAUAUCCGUAUAAAUGUGAUUAUUGUAAUAGAAAAUUUCGGCAUACAUCAUUGUUAGCUGUACAUAAACGUAAACAUACUGGUGAAAGACCAUACGAAUGUCCACAUUGUAAGCAAACAUUCGCUGUCAGUAGUACAUUAAAGUGUCAUUUAAUAUUGCACACGGGCGUGUACCCAUAUACGUGUGACAUAUGUCAACGUGGCUUUACCACACGUCAUAAGUAUGCUGUACAUUUAUCAAAGAUACAUGGUGAUUCGAAUUUAUUGAGUCAAAGUCAAGAUAAACAGAGUAAUUUUAAAAUGGUAAUUAAAGAAAUUGAUCAUAUAGAUGAAAUUACAACGCCAUCAUCAAAAACUCAUCAGGAUAUUACAAACACAACUUUGGAAAAUGUUAUUGACAAUCAUAUUUUAUUGGACGAAGGGACAUCAACAGGCGUUGUACAAGUAUCAUCUGCUGAUGUGAAAUGUAAUGGAACAGAAACAACAUCGAUUCUUAAUAAUUGGUACGAGGAUAAUUCUUCAAUAAUUGCCUCAUUGGUCGAUUCAUAACUUUUUGUACACAUGAAAUAAGAGUACCACAAGUGAUGUCUUAAGUUAGUUUGAUUAAAGUAGCACUUUGCUUUGUGGUACUUUAAGACGCUAAUUGGGAUCUCACUUUUGGGAUUAUAUUUUGUCUUUUUUUUGUGCAAAUAAAUAUGGGGUUUCCUUUUUA